UAGAAAGGGAAUCAUCCGACCAUUGGAAAACUAAACAAAAGUUCCAUGUUAUAUUUUAAUGCAACCUAUGAAAUCGAAAUUCAGAGAGGGGACGAAUAUGUACGGGUAAAGUCAUGGAGCUUUGCCUUCCUCUCCUCCCAAUGCCUAAUCUUGUCCUCUUCAACACAAUAUCAGUAUAUCACCGUCCUUUAAUUUACUUCACGAUGCCCCCCGUACUCCUCGCCCUAAAAGAACAAAAAAAUAAUUAAUUUAAGUUUGUGUUUUCUCUAUAAAUAAAUAGCUUCAUAUCUCUCUAUUCCAAACCCCACAACUUCUUUAUAUUAGUAUUGGUCUUUCUUGUUGUUCCUAAAGCUCGCAACUUUCUGUAAAUAUCUUCAAAAACAAAAAUGGCCAUAAUUAGAAAAUCAAACAAGUUGCCACAAGCUGCAGUCUUGAAGCAAAUUAUGAAAAGGUGUUCGAGUUUAGGUAAGAAGCACGGAUACGACGACCAAGACUACUCUCUGAUUGACGUACCCAAAGGACAUUUUGCAGUUUACGUGGGAGAGAAUCGAACUCGUUACAUUGUACCUAUUUCUUUUUUGAGUCAUCCAGAUUUUCAGAGUCUCCUUCAUCAUGCUGAAGAAGAAUUUGGCGUUGAUCACGACAUGGGCAUCACUAUUCCCUGCGACGAAGUCGUCUUCCGGUCUCUUACUUCCAUGAUUCAGUAGUAGUGAAGUGUUAGAAAGAAAAACAAAAAAAAGAGUAAAUAUUAGGUGUAAGAUUCUGGAGUAGUACUUACUAGUGUGUAGUCAAGAUGAAGCAAUUAAUUUUCUGUUUUUUGCUUCUCUUCUAGAGGAACUACAUGGUGCUAGUAUUAGUUAGUGUUUUAUAUGGGUCAGUAUUAGAUUGUUAAAAAAAAAAAAAAAAAAAAAAACUUGGAAUUUCUUACUUGGAGUGGUGUUUAUAUAUAUUUGCACCCUUAAGAGAAGUGAAUGUCUCUCAAUCUAUUUGCCAUUUUCCAUACAAGUAUCUCUCAGUGUUUUGCACUUUUACUGAAUCUCCUACGUAAUUCAAUGUGUUACGAGAGCAUGCAUAGGUUCUAGUUUCAAGUAUCAAGUUCACCCCUUGUUAAAAAUAAUUCCACACGCUUAGAAGCUUAUGAGAAAUAUACAAAUUGGUCACACAAUUCAAACAUUUAUGUUAUUGUUUCGAGAAACUACAACAAUAACAAAAAUGUAAAGAGAAACAAUAGUUUUUAUUUUCUACACCACAAAAAAAGACAACGUAGGGCAUUACAUGUAAAACUUCAUCAUUUUAUUAAAACAUAAUUGUCUAACUUUUUUUUUAAUUAAUCGGAAUGAUUUUAAUCCAAACCAAACAAAUAUAAUAGUUACUAAUGAAAUGUGCAGAGUGUAUCAAUCAGUAGUGCAACAUGCAAUAUCCCAAUUGAUGAAUUUACAAGAGAAGACGUCUCAAAUUCUUUAACACAUAUUUCUUGUUCUCACACUAAGAUUUUUUUAGACAAAAAAGAAAAUGCAGUCAGUGGAUUUAGAGUAUAUUUUAUUCGGGUUCAUGAGAAUUCAGUAACUUUUACUCAAACCUUGUAAGUUGUACAUGUAUUAAAAUAUUUGAAUGUAAACCCAAUUAUUAUUAUAUAUUAACUUGAGGUCACUGUAAGAAUCUAUAAACUUCAUAUUUUGAAUCCACCUUUUGCAUCAGUUUCUCUAUUGCUCUUCUUAUUGUCAUUGGUUGUAUCGUAUGUAAAUAAUAUGGAUUACAUACAGUUGAAUUCUCCUUAUUCCAAAUGUAAACAACAAGGGGUACUUUCUUCGAGAAUUGCCCUCAUAUUUUUAUGCGAAAUAGAGCAUGUAAUUCCAAUAAUGCUAACAAUUGACUGGUAAUUUCUUGUACUUGGCAUCAUAUUCUUUAGAACAACCCGAUGCUCGUUAAAAUAUUGUUAGUAUCAUCCAAGUAUCAAGGUGCAUGUU